GCGCACCUUUCCCCCACCCAGCCCCAGCACUGGCUUGGCGAACGCCCUCCCAUCUCCCUCCGGCCUGACUUCCGGUUUGCUUUCGCGGCCCAGGCGCCGAGUCGCGGAUUACUGGAGGCCCCGUUUCCGGUCGUGAGCCGGGUGCCCUCCUGGCCAGCCCCGUCGCUGCGCUCCCCCUGCGCGGCGCCGGGCUAGGGCGGGCGCUGACGGGGCCGGGUAACCGGCCUUCUCCGGCGGCGGCUCGGCCCUCGGCCUUGGCUCGGCCCUCCUUCCAGAGCCUCCCGGGCCGUAGCCAACUGGCUGGCCGCACCGGCCCUGGCGCCACCGAGGCGGGAGAAAUGGGAGUCCCUCCGCGGCGUUCCCGGAGCGGCUGCCUUUGCCGGGGAAGCGGAGCUGUCUUUGAGGAAACAGGAAGCCCGCGGUGACCCCUAGCGACCCGGUUUGUUUUCGGUCCGUUUCCAAACGCUGGGGAAUCGAAACUCGGCGGCCCUUGGGGCGGCCCCACGGAGCCUGUGUUCGGGCUGUCAUGGAUGCACUGGUAGAAGAUGAUAUCUGCAUUCUGAAUCAUGAAAAAGCCCAUAGGAGAGAUACAGUGACUCCAGUCUCAAUAUAUUCAGGAGAUGAAUCUGUUGCUUCACAUUUUGCCCUUGUCACUGCAUAUGAAGACAUCAAAAAACGACUUAAGGAUUCAGAGAAAGAGAAUUCUUUCUUAAAAAAAAGAAUAAGAGUUUUGGAAGAAAAGCUUAUAGGAGCUCGAAAGGAUGAAGAAACAAGUUCUGUGGGACGAGAACAAGUAAAUAAGGCCUACCAUGCGUAUCGAGAGGUUUGCAUUGACAGAGAUAAUUUGAAGAGCAAAUUGGAUAAAAUGAAUAAAGACAACUCUGAAUCUUUGAAAGUAUUGAAUGAACAGCUACAAUCUAAAGAAGUAGAACUCCUCCAGCUGAGGACAGAGGUGGAAACUCAGCAGGUGAUAAGAAAUUUAAAUCCACCUUCAUCCAACUGGGAGGUGGAAAAGUUGAGCUGUGACCUGAAGAUCCAUGGUUUGGAACAAGAACUGGAACUGAUGAGGAAAGAAUGUAGAGAUCUCAAAAUAGAGCUACAAAAAGCCAGACAAACGUAUCCAUCUCAGGAAGACAAUCUGAAGAGCAGAGAUCUCCAAAGACUAAGCAUUUCAAGUGAUAAUAUGCAAAGUGCAUACUGGGAACUGAAGAGAGAAAUGUCUAAUUUACAUCUGGUGACUCAAGUACAAGCUGAACUGCUAAGAAAGAUGAAAACCCCAACUGCAAUCAAGAAAGCUUGCGCCCCAGCAGGAUGCACGGAAGACCUUGGGAAAGACAGCACAAAACUGCACUUGACGAAUUUUACUGCAACGUACAAAAGACAGGCCCCUCUCUCACCAAACGGCAAAACUCUUUGUCAUACCACGUCUUCCCCUUUACCAGGAGAUGCAAAGGUUUUAUCAGAGAAAGCAGCUCUCCAGUCAUGGACAGAUCAUGAGCGAUCCAUUCCUCACGAUGGCACAAACUUUCAGGAACACAAUUCUUAUGGCAGAAAUUCUCUGGAAGAUAAUUCUUGGGUAUUCCCAAGCCCUCCUAAAUCAAGUGAGACAACGUUUGGGGAAACUAAAAAUAAACCUUUGCCUUUACCCAACCUGCCACUACUGCAUUACUUGGAUCAACAUAAUCAAAACUGCCAUUAUAAAAAUUAAUUAUGAAGAGAUUUAUGAUGUUCUCACGAGGUUGCUGUAUCUCCCUCAGUGAUUUUCUUGGGAAAUCAUUAACAAACUGAAAGCAGAUUUUGAUUAAAGUUUUGCAGAGUUCUUCAGUAUUUACAUUUGCACAUAAUGUACCAUAUUAUGUAGUUGAUUUUUCAGUAUGAAAGAACACCCUCCAGCUCCAUAUUCUGGCUAAGAAUCAGAUAUGUGUUACUAAUUAAUAAACCUAAGGUGUUUCACAAUGACAACUCUACCUUUGAUGAUAAUUGUACAUUUCUGUCCCUCACGUGAAGAAUGGAAUUGAAAGUUUUCAGACACGGUUUUACAAAGCAUGUGAAAUGCCUAACUCAUAAAAAUAAAGGAGACCAUUGUAUCAGAGAAAAAGCAUGUUAAGUUGCUUUAAGUUGCAUAAAGGAGUAAAAUGGCAACGUGACUUAGGUUAUAUUUCUGCUGACCUUAUAAUGCGUAAGGAUAAGGAAAUUACAGUGGAACAAUGUUAUCUGGGUUAUUGCAUCUAUAUGUGCUGUUGUGUCUCAAAGUAUAAGAUUUAAAGUCAUUUUUUAAUCACGAUGUUGAUAAAAUUUAAAGUACAAUUUGGAUUUUAAGACUUGAAGUGAUCUGCUUGUUGAAGCCAACUCUGUCCUGGUACAUCCCUCAAGUCUUAAUUGAAAAAAAGUGAUGAAAUAGUUGAAAAACCAUGUGGUGUGUGAAUAAACUAUUACAGUCAUAUACAUUAUCCAGUUAGAAGUAGGAAUAGUAUCACAAAGGCUUCAGUGUAAUCUGUCCUUCAGUGCUAUAGUGAAAAUCCCAAUGGGUGUUUAACUAUAUAAAGCCGUUUUCUUCAAAGGGUCUACACCUGCUUGUUCCGUAGAGCAGCUUAUUAACUGGUUAAACUUUGUUUUGAAAUGUAAUGAUUUUACUUAUUGAGAAAGUGGUUUUUAAUUAAUUAGAAAUUAUAAUCCUAGAAACCAAAUUCUGUGCUGUAUUGAUAUAUGAUAUAGUAUAAUCAUGAAAUGUCCCCCAGCGCUUUGAUUCUAAGAGCCUGUCAUUUAUAAACAAGUAACAAGGAUGGCUUUAUACGGAAAUUUCUCUGUAUUCUUUCAGGGUGGUGGUAUUAAGAAUAUUAGUAAUAUAUGUCUCCGUUCCUACAUCUUUUGCCUGAGAUAAAGCAUUUCAUGUAGAAGGCCUUUAUCCUUUUUGAUAGAUGGUUGCAAACACCUUGGACUCAAAAGAAUAUUUCAAAUCUCUUCUACAUUAAUUGAAUAGCAUACAUAUAUAAACAGUGUUCACCAUUCACCAGAUAUUUGUCUAUUAUCUUACUCACUUAUUCAAGCUUGUCUGUGAUUAAUGGAGUUGGUGUCAGAUGCUGGAAUUUAUUCUGACCAAUGAACACAGCUGACUCGAGGGAGUACGAUCUCCUGCCAAGUAAUAGAACAAAACCCAAUAUGCAUAAAACAAAUACAAGACUCCCAGCUUUAGCUGAAGGAAGCAACUACCUGUGUAAUAACAAAGCAGCAGAAACUAUUUGUCAUGUGGCUGCAUAGGCUGUACAUUAUAUCUAAUCUCUAAUGUAGCUUACUGGUUUGCCUUUUUUAAAACCAAGAUUGAGCAUUUUCCUUUGUAAAGAAAGUAAGUCGUAUGACAUAAUGGCUUGAUUAAUGUUUUGAACAAUGCCAAGACAUUACUUAAAAUAAAUUAUUUUUGUUUGAAAUUGAA